AUGUCUCAAGAUCAUAGAAAACUUGACUCUAAUCUAAUAUGUGACAGUAUCAAGUCUCUAAUCAACAGUGAUGCCUCACUAAAAGUGAAACACAUCAUCGCUCAUAUUCGGGAGACAUUCAACUGCGCAAUCUCUUACAAAAAGGCAUGGAUUUCAAAGAAUAAGGCUAUCGCUGCUAUUUAUGGAAACUGGGAGACUUCAUACAACGACAUGCCGCAAUGGUUGUUGGUCAUGAAAACAUUUCUACCAGGUACUAUAAUAGAACUCGAGACCCUUCCUGUAUUUUCAAACGAAGGGACACAAAUUAGUGGUGCUAGAGUUUUUCACCGUCUUUUUUGGGCUUUCCAACCAUGCAUCAAGGGUUUUGCGUUCUACAAACCGGUGGUUCAAGUAGAUGGCACAUGGUUAUAUAGAAAAUACAGGGGAACUUUGUUAAUGGCUAUGGCACAAGACGGAAAUAGGAACAUAUUUCCAAUAGCUUUUGCAUUGGUAAAGGGUGAAACUGGAGAAGCAUGGAGUUUUUUCUUGAGAAAUCUUAGAAUGCAUGUUACACCACAACCCAACCUAUGUUUGAUAUCAGAUCGACAUGAGUCAAUAAAGAGUGCCUAUAAUAACCCGGAUAAUGGUUGGCAACACCCUCCCUCAUCACACGUCUAUUGCAUCAGACAUAUAGCGCAAAAUUUUAUGAAGGAAUUCAGAGACAAGGAACUUCGAAAAAAAGUUGUUAACAUGGGGGAGGGAGAGAUGCGUAAAGUUAACAUAGCAACGUUACAAUGGGUAGAAAAUAUUCCAAGAGAAAAAUGGACGAGAUCAUUUGAUGGAGGGAAACGAUGGGGUCAUAUGACUACCAACCUUGCUGAAUCAAUGAACUCAGUUUUAAAAGCCACACACAAUCUACCUAUUUCUGCUUUGGUAAAAUCAACAUAUUAUCGAUUGGACACACUGUUUGGGAAAAUAGGACACGACUGGACUAAAAUGUUGGGUUCUGGACGACUAUUCACUGACAACUGCAUGAAGGGAAUUAAGGAGGAGGUAAUCAAAUCAAAUAGCCACACGGUUAUGCAAUUUGAUCGUCAAAGGUCUACGAGGAGAGUUUCCUCGGGAUCCGGACCGAAACAACUUGGCCGUAAUAUGAAGGUGACACGCUUUGCCACAACGAUAACAUGCGGAGAAAAAAGAAAGGUCGCCCAAACAGUUUCCGGAUUAGAACUGAAAUGGACAACGUUGAAAAAGAAAAAAAGAGGUGUGGUAUUUGUCGAGAAAUCAGACAUAUGCGCAGAAAAUCGUCGUUAUAUUUCGUGUAUUUUCUUUUUCAAUAACAAUUUUUAUUUAGAGUGUAACAUUUUCGUCUACAACACAUGA